AUGUUAUUUAAACUUCUUAAACAGUAUUAUAAUGCUGUUAAAUUAAAUAAUUAAUUGAUAAAAUGUUUUAUCUUGUCACUGCCUAAUACACUAAAUCACCUAUCAAAUAUAUUCUGUUUCGUAUUAGAUAGUUUAAUAAUCAGUAAUUUAUCUUGUGAUUGGUAUAUAAAUUUAUCUCAAAAGAAUAAAUUAUCAGACAUUAAUAUUGGUUAUUGGAAGAUAAAUGCAGUAAAUUAGAGGAUUUGCAAAUUAAACAUAGUAGAUGAGAAGUUGUCAGAGCUUUUUACUUAGAGUUAGCAUGAUGUUAAAUAACUUAAGAAUUGCUUAGCAAAAGUUGAUACUUAGAUGAAUGAAGAUUAAAAACUUAAAUAUUAAUAAGCAAAUAAUCAUUUAGAAAUGAUCAAAUCAGAAUUCAUCAAAUUGCAAUAAGAGUUACAUCAUUCUUAAUAAUAAUCCAUUUAAGACACCCAGAGAUAUCCAUAAUAAUUAACAAAUUAAUUAUAUCUAAUAAUGAGCUCUAAAGAGAAAAUUAAUAGUUAAAUUAAAUUAAUAAAAGCCUAUAAUAACAAAUUGAUACCUUAAACAUUCGAUACUCUGAUCUAGAAAUUAAUAUAAUUUAAGAAUUGCUAAUAUUGA